UCCAACUGUCCACGUUAUGGCAUUGCGUGCAGUCUGAUUGCUGACCUUCGACGUCUACGACCGGCAGAACUCACAGACUUCCGCAACUACGUCUUUCUCCUCAAGACCGAGUCGGGUGACGAGAAAAUCUUCGAGGCGUCAUCGUCGAGCGAGGCGUCCUGUUGGCUGACAGCGAUCCGUAAGUGCCUGCCGCCUCUGCGUCGUUGUCUGACGAAUCCGGCCGCUGUUGCCGCCCACCACGCUCUGCCCUCACCCGGACACCUUCACCACGGCAGCGGUGGAAGCGGCGCCGAAUUGCUCGUCACUACAGACCACUCUCCGCGCCUCGAAGCCGCUCCUCUGCUGGAACACCAACCACCGUACCAAAGCCAAAUGGCCCCUCCACCUGUGCUAACGUCGAAGUCGAAAUUACUCUCCCCAUUCCCCCCUCCUCCUAACGGUGACGAUUUUACUCGGCAACUCUCUACCACCUCCUCUGCUGGGCCUGGCCUUAUCGAUCCGGCUGCCUCCUCACCUUCAGCUCCGCACCAUCAUCACCUCCACCACCACCACCCCCCGGUUCUCCUUCCCCAGACCUCCGCCUCCUCUGUCCCCAACUCAAGGCAACCGCCAAACCAAUCCCUAAACUCUCAGGGCGCUGGCAGUAAGUGGUCAAUCAACACCGCCUUUACAUCUCACCCGCCUAGACCCGACGACGUUGUUGUCUGUCCCUUUGCAGCCCUCGUGUGUCCUCUCCCCUCCCGCCCACCCGCCGCUUUCCACCGAGUAGCAGCCCCACCCAGCGCACCGCCAGCUGAGCAGGCUUGCCCCGCGACCUCCAACACGGCCUGGGGACCACCCCAGCACCCCACAACCACCACCACCACCACCUCAAACGCCGCCCCCCUUGUGUGCGACAAGAUGCUGACCAACUACCCCUGGUACCACGGCACCCUUUCACGAGUGGCUGCCACCGCCUUCGUGCUCGGACAGACUUCUGAAGUGGACGGCUCGUCGCCGCGCAGGUCCCCGCCGCCCUUUCCGCCUCCCGCCCUCUCCGACGGCGUCUUCCUCGUCAGACAGAGCGAAACCCGAGUCGGCGAGUUCGUCCUCACCUUCAGUUGCCAUGGCAAAGCCAAGGUGGGUCCUUAG